AUCUACUGAAAGUAAAAUAUGGAUUUUUAUCUGGACAUUAAAACUAGGUCAUGGGUCAUGACAAGAUUCUCACUGCGCACGCUUCUAUUAUCGAUUGAACCGUUCUCAAUGUGUGUAUAUGUAAGAUACUACUAACACGGUGGUAAAAGGAGAACCUCAGUGCUUGAUUACUCUUCUUAGCCAUUAUAAUAGUAAAUAAAUAAGUGCUCCAAUAGUAUUACCAAAAUCGUACAAAAUAAUAAUUAAAAUAGUGAAGAUGUGGUUAAGAAAAAAAAUAUCUAUUCUAUAAGAAUGAAUGUGACAAAAAAAGUGAUAUCGGCCAUUUUGCUAAUAUCCACUACCGCCAGCGAAUAAGAAGAGAGAUUUCGUUUAGUCGUUUUACAAAGAGGUGGUGGCAGUAAAAUCUGUAAUCACAAGUAGAAGUGGACAAGCUCGAUUAACGUCCACGGGAAGAGUAUCAUCAGGACGCAAGUAAUAAACGGCGUAAGCCGCGGUGAUACGUCUUCUCCUAGUUGACGAUACACAUAAAUUUAUAAAUUAUGUCGAGUACCGUGGGUAACGUGGGUAUGGAACAAUUGAUUCCAAUUGUUAAUAAACUCCAAGAUGCUUUUACUCAACUUGGAGUGUCUAUGCAAUUAGAUCUUCCCCAAAUUGCUGUUGUGGGUGGUCAAAGUGCGGGAAAAAGUUCUGUUUUAGAAAAUUUUGUUGGAAAAGACUUCCUGCCAAGAGGAUCAGGGAUUGUAACAAGAAGACCACUCAUUUUACAACUCAUCAACAGCACUACUGAAUAUGCAGAAUUUUUGCAUUGUAAAGGCAAAAAAUUCGUGGAUUUUGAUGAAGUUCGUAGAGAAAUCGAAGCUGAAACUGAUCGAGUUACAGGAAGUAAUAAAGGAAUAUCGAAUGUACCCAUAAACUUGAGAGUUUAUUCGCCAAAUGUCUUGAACUUGACUCUAAUUGAUUUGCCCGGUCUUACAAAAGUUCCAAUCGGUGAUCAACCUGCUGAUAUUGAAAAUCAAAUUAAAGGAAUGAUUUUCCAAUUCAUAAAAAAAGAAAAUUGUCUUAUAUUAGCAGUGACACCAGCAAAUACUGAUUUAGCUAACAGUGAUGCUUUAAAACUUGCCAAAGAAGUUGAUCUUCAAGGUGUCAGAACAAUUGGUGUUAUCACUAAGCUCGAUCUUAUGGACGAAGGUACAGAUGCACGAGAUAUUUUGGAAAAUAAAUUAUUACCCUUGCGACGAGGGUAUAUUGGUGUGGUGAACCGAAGUCAGAAAGAUAUUGAUGGAAGGAAAGACAUUAAAAAUGCUUUGGCAGCUGAAAGAAAAUUUUUUCUCAGCCAUCCAUCAUAUCGACAUUUGGCAGACAGAUUGGGAACACCGUAUUUGCAGCGAGUUCUUAAUCAACAAUUGACUAACCAUAUUCGAGAUACUCUACCUGCAUUACGUGAUAGAUUACAAAAGCAAUUGUUAACUUUGGAAAAAGAUGUUGAACAGUAUAAGCAUUUUAGACCGGAUGAUCCUGCUAUUAAAACAAAAGCUAUGUUACAGAUGAUUCAACAACUACAAUCAGAUUUUGAAAGAACUAUUGAAGGCUCUGGAUCUGCUCAAAUAAAUACAAUGGAAUUGAGUGGUGGUGCUAAAAUAAAUCGAUUGUUCCACGAAAGAUUUCCUUUCGAAAUUGUUAAAAUGGAAUUUGAUGAAAAGGAAUUACGCAGAGAGAUUGCAUUUGCAAUCAGAAAUAUUCAUGGUAUUAGGGUGGGACUCUUCACUCCUGACAUGGCCUUUGAAGCUAUUGUGAAAAAACAAAUAAAUAGGUUAAAAGAGCCAAGUUUAAAAUGUGUUGACCUAGUCGUGCAAGAACUUAGUAAUGUUGUGCGCAUUUGUACAGAUAGGAUGUCACGCUAUCCUAGACUAAGAGAAGAAACUGAACGAAUAAUUACUACUUACGUCAGACAACGAGAACAGCUUUGUAAAGAACAACUUAUUCUUCUCGUUGAUUGCGAGUUGGCUUAUAUGAAUACUAAUCAUGAAGAUUUCAUAGGUUUUGCCAACGCGGCCGCCAGUAUUUAUAAUUCAAGCGCUCAACAAUCUUCCGAGAACGCUGUUAAAGCUGGACGUCAUACACUUGGCAAUCAAGUUAUUCGUAAAGGUUACAUGUGUAUCCAUAAUUUAGGUAUUAUGAAAGGUGGUUCAAGAGACUACUGGUUUGUUUUAACAUCUGAGAGUAUAUCUUGGUUUAAAGACGAAGAGGAGCGUGAAAAAAAAUACAUGUUACCACUGGAUGGCUUAAAACUUCGUGAUCUUGAACAAGGAUUCAUGUCACGACGUCAUUUAUUUGCGCUAUUUAACCCCGAAGGUCGCAACGUUUAUAAAGAUUACAAGCAACUUGAGCUUAGUUGUGAAACUCAAGAUGAUGUUGAUUCUUGGAAAGCAUCUUUCUUGCGAGCUGGUGUUUAUCCUGAGAAAUCAACAGAAGCAGCCAAUGGUGAUGGCGAGGAAGGAUAUGAGGGUGGUAAUGAAGGUCAGUCCUCAAUGGAUCCACAAUUGGAACGUCAAGUGGAGACGAUAAGAAACUUGGUUGAUUCAUACAUGAAAAUAGUUACAAAGACUACUCGAGAUCUUGUUCCAAAAACAAUAAUGCAUUUAAUAAUCAAUAACGCCAAGGAUUUUAUAAAUGGAGAAUUAUUAGCUCAUUUAUAUGCCAGUGGUGAUCAGUCUUCAAUGAUGGAAGAGUCACCGGAAGAAGCUCAGAAACGAGAAGAAAUGUUGCGAAUGUAUCAUGCAUGCAAAGAAGCUCUACGUAUAAUUGGAGAUGUAUCAAUGGCUACUGUAUCAACACCUGUGCCACCACCAGUGAAAAAUGAUUGGCUUGCAUCGGGUGAAAACCCAAGUUAUGGAUUGUCGCCACCGUCACCAGGAGGUCCUAGACGUGGUGUGACUCAACCUCCACCACCUGCAAGUUCACGAGCACCACCACCAGUACCAGCAGGUGGACGACCAGCUCCAGCUAUCCCCAACCGACCUGGACCUGGAGGUCCACCACCAUCACGUGGAACACCCGGGCUUCCACCUCCCCUAAUCCCAUCUCGCGGAGGUAUCCAACAAAGAGUGACUCAAGCCGCGACACAAGCUGCUGCUAAUGCUGCUGUGAACGAGCUGAUGGAUGCAUUCAGGAUCAAGCGCCCUGUACCCAAUAUUCCUCCCCGUAUUCCUGAUAGACCAUAUUCUGGCCGACUUAAUUGAACUAAGGGAUUUAUAAUUUUCCUGCGUAAAUGCCAACAUCAAGAGCUGUUUCAAGGAAAUCAACGAAUACAACAAGUCCAAUAUUUUAAGUCUUCUUUUUUUUAUUUUAUUUUAUUUUUUUUUAUUUCAAGUUUUGGCAGCUAGUUAUUUUAACAUAACUUUAUAAAUAGACUUACGUGGUAUAAACAUUAAAAAAAAAAGUAAAGCAAAAAAAAACCUCAACGAAGACCAAGACCAUCCCUUGGUCAUGACCAAGACUGCUAGUAAUCAUAAAUAAUUCAGUAAUUCCUUUUGUGAUUUAAAUUUUUAUAAAUUAUUAACUUUUUUUUCAUCAGUCAUGGGCAAUUGUUAUUGAUAUAUACAUCACCACAGGAUACAUGAAAAAAGUAUUAUGAUAAGCGAUAUUAUAAUAAUCAGUCAAGAUAAAUAUUUUGAAUCGUUUCACUUGUGUUAAGAAUAAAUAAUGGCUGUUUAUUAUUUUUUUAUAUCAUUAUUUAAAUUAUAAUUAAUAAGCCCCUUAAUUAAAACACUCAUAAUUUAUAAUAUAUUUUAAGUAAAUUAGUUUAAAUUUAACUAUUAAUAAUAUACUUGAUAGUAAUUUACUAUGUAGUAUUGUCCAAAAAUCUAUGUAAAUAAAUAUUUUGUAUACUUAUUCUUAUCAAUAAUUUUUGUCAAUGGAUAAAAAUCUUCAUGGCUAUCUGAAAUUGAGAAAUUUAAAUUAUACGACCAGUAUUAUAGCCAUUUUUUAUUUACUGGACAUUACUAACAAUUAAUCUUGACAAUUAUUUGAAAGAAACACAAUUACCUCGAUUGUUAUCAAGAGAAACGCUUAUUUUCAUGAAAAAGACGAUUUUUUUUUUUUUUUUUUUUUUUUUUUUUUUUUUUUUUUU